CAGACAAAGGGAAAUCGCGACCCCUUGGCGUCUGCGGCGAGACAACUGAGACGUUGUGCCGAAGAAGGCGCAGACACAAUUCAGCACUACCGCAUCAACUGGUAUCCUGCCAAAGCGCCGGUCGUGUGUCAGUCUCUUCGGUCAGACGGCGCAGUCGGGUGUUCGACGCGCGGAAUCUGUCCCCUGACGGUGGAGCUAAGGAAGAUCAAAAUCAUCUGUUUGUGCGAGUGUGAGAUUAACAGUGGUGCGUAUCGAGAUGGGUUUGCCCGCUCGUCCGAGAACUGUGGUAUUAAAACCAUUUUUAGUACACGGAGCUCGCUGGAUUCUAGUUCUCCCAUGUCUCGUAGCAAUACACUGUACGACGAAAGCUGAUGGUCAACUACUACCGCACUCUCCUUCGUCACAGCCAUAUUAUGGCGUAAGGAUCGGCAAAUUAACGCAGUAUUUUCACGACGUAGCCGGAGAAGUGUUUGUUGUAGACGACAAAACGCUUUUCCUUAAAGGCUUCAGUUAUGAUGGGCAGGGACCAGAUGCCUACUUCUGGGCGGGCACCUCACAAAAGACUGAUGGAAGCGGUUUCAUCAUACCCAACGAGCGCGGAUCCCUUACAAAGCUCGGCCAAUACCGGAAUAAGGAUCUUAUACUUCGUUUACCUGGUAACAAAAGCGUUCGAAACAUUCAAUGGAUAUCAAUUUGGUGCAAAAAGUUUUCGGCUAACUUCGCUGACCUGUACCUACCACGCAACCUGCAAAUCCCAAAGCCUGUUACGGUUGAGAAGCUACCGACUUGGGACCAUGGAGUAACCUCAGGGCCAGUCACGAUAGUCGACUCGCAGACAUUUUUAGUACCAGGAGUUAUGUAUGAUGGACUCGGUCCAGCUGCCUAUUGGUGGGUAUCUAAAGGAGAGCGGAACCAUCGGGGUGGUCUUCGGUUGGCUGAUGAAAAUGGAAGUCGUGAUCCUCUUCCUCGGUAUACUGGUAAGACAGUCGUAAUCAACCUUCCUGAUGGCUAUACGAUAUACGACUUUGAUCGCUUUGGAAUAUACUGUGAAUUGGCUGACGUGGAUUUCGGAUCAAUUAAAAUCCCCCACAACGUCAAAGUGCCUCCAUCGCAAAGAGCUUUUGGGAUUCACAUAGAGUCAGCACUGGGGGAUCGAGUGGCUUCUCUGUCACCCGCACGCAGUACAGUGGUGCAGCCGCAGUCCGUCGUCGACGAAAGCAGCGACUCUUCGCAGAACAAACUCAAUUGCGAAAUCCUGCACGACCCCAUGGGUUUCGAGCUUCGAUGGAUUAUGGAUGGAGACGAAGUGAUCAUGCAGCUCGUGGGACGUGUUGAUGUGGGUGAGUACAUGGCUUUCGGCUUAAGUAUGGAUGACACAAAAACGAGGAUGGUCGGAUCCGAUGCUGUUGUGACGUGGAUCGAUCACCAGGGACGGGGACACGCCGUAGAUUACUACCUAGGAUCGAAGGAACAGUGUGUGGGCAAACGUGGUGCCUGUCCAGAUAUUAAGCAACGAGGCGCACGUGAUAGUGUGACGGUCCUAAACACGGCCUUUGUCAACGGUUACCAUAUGAUCACGUAUAAACGACCACAGGUCGCUUUAGAUGAAAAGUACGACCAGCAUGUCUACUCUGAUGGCCCUCAGGCCAUUGUUUGGGCUCUUGGUCCUAUUAACGGCAAGGGUGAGGUGUCGUACCAUAAACUAAGAACCAAGGGUGACCUCUUUAUCGAUUUCGCGCGAGCUCCACAAUGGAACUGUCCUAAACCUGAUGAUAUCUCGACCCUAAACGACCAGCCCCGACUAGUCGCUCAACAACCAAUUAGCCAGGCAACUGCUCGUCAGCAUGCCUGGGUUAUUCCCCCAGUGGCGUGUCCUGCCGAUAAUAAGUUCUACGCCCAGAUCGGUCCGGCUGGCGGUAAAAAGGGUUACCAAGCGAUUACAGGGCAUGUUGGCUGGGGCAUCGCGUGGUAUAUUAAUGGUCUCAUGAUACCCGAGCUAUAUGUACAACGUGGCGUCACCUACACAUUCGUCAUUGAAGGUGGAAAUAAUAAAACACAUACGUCAAAGAACCAUCCUUUUUAUAUAACUUCCGAUCCUACCGGCGGCUAUGAGCACAAAUCCCAAGCAGAGCGUAGGACAGAAAAAGUGUUUGCUGGAGUAUCCUUCGACCGGAGUGGACGCGCCACUCCAACGGCUAAGGGUCGACUUUGCAAUUACGAAUACCCCUUUAAACGAACGGAGCUGCCUGACGACUUCGCAACCUUUGAAGAUUUCGCCACUAACCUUGAGAUCAAAUGCCAGGAAGGCCGACCCGCGUAUCUUCAAUGGACGCCUGACCAAUUCACACCAGAUCUCGUCUAUUACCAGUGCUACACUCACCGUCACUUAGGCUGGAAGAUACACGUGGUGGACAACUGUGCUGACCUCGUUCAGCAGGGGGCGGCAGCCUCGCAGCGUAGCGAAAUUCGUGUGCCCUUUCCACAGGACUUGCAUCAACCUUCCCACAAGAAGCAUUCGUCACGAACAAGCCAUAUGAGAAAAUUAGCCGACAAGGCCUUACCACAUGUGAAUUUUCAUAGCCAGCGGGUGCUGCCAUUAGAUAACGUCACAGAUCUCAUUGUGGAUCGGGAUCGAACAGUCUUUCCCCGAAAGUUGGUUCACCGCCCACGGGUGCACUCAAUCCGCAUGGAGUCAGGGUUUCGCCCUGUGACGUUGCCACCGCGUGGUCUUCCGGACCCCACUACACCGCGACCAGGCCAAAUGGGACCUCUUCCGUUCCUUCGUAAAGACCCUUUACCAUUUCAAGGAAGCUUCAAACCCGGUGUACCUCACUUCGGCGGUUUCAACAUCUCUUACGCUUCUGCAAAGAUAAGAGAAGCAUCCGGUCCUGUUCCUGGCCUUCCUCAGGUACCACAAGGCGCCUUAACUAAAGUUGACGGUUUCCUUGAUGAAGAUCGACUUGCGAAAAUGGUCUGGUCUCACCGAUUAAGCCGCGUUCGGCGUUCAACUGAUAAUGGAAACUCACUAGUAGAACCCGUCGCCCACGUGAGUGAGACGCGGAAGGCGAUAAUUCCCGAAGGGAUAUCAAGUCGUAGGGCUUUUAAUUCGCAGUAUGACAUACUCGAUUACGUUCUUAGACUUAUUGCCGAUGAUGCUUAACACGUUAGUAUCACAGCUGCAUCAUAGGCUGCGAAGGAUUUUAAAUCGACUUUAUUCGUUCCCACCCUCAUAGCAUCAUCAGCGAGCGUCGCCACCCUUAAGGAACGACACAGUUGAUCUUUCCUUAACGAUGGCAAAGCGCGCCCUCGUAAUGUAAACUGUGUAAAUUAUAAAUAAUGUUGAGGUAACGCUUCAGAAAGCAAACUAGGUCCAAUUAUGCAUGUCGAUGAGACAACUCAAAACGAAGUGUACCUAGGCCUAGUAUGAAAUGAAGUUCCGAAGGCGAUAUUUUUUCUAAAACGUUUUUUACACAAGAAACAGUAUCAAAUUCAUGUACAAACCACGAAUCGAAAACCACAAUAAUAUUUAAUAGAAGCAGCGAAACAACCCGUUUUAAAGAAUUUUACAGAUUAGGGUUUUAAGGAAAGGUAUAUCAAGGUACAUCAGGUUAAAAAGAAGUUUGAAUCUGAAUUUAUCUUAUUGUAGAGGACUUGGACAAUCAAUAAUAUCACAGAAGAGGCGUACAGUACUAUUUAAUUGGAUUUGCCCCCUCCCCCCCCCCACAUAUUGGCAGGUGCCACCCUAAAACUUAUGUUCAUCAUUAUGACAGGGUUAUUCAAUGAUUACUUAAUAGGGCUUUUCCGUAUUCCUUUUUACACCUAUUGUCAUUAUCCUAUAUUGGUAUCAUUUCUAGGGUUGUUGAUGCCGUUAAUCGAUGUUGUUGAUUUUGUUCUUACUAUUGUUAAUGUUGCGCUUUUUAUGUUAUUUAUACGAGAAACGCGGACGAUAUUAGAUAACAGGCCCCGCCAUUCUUGGGUGCACGCUGUACAUCAAAUAGUAACCUUAUCAGGAACUGGUAUAAGUGAAAAAAAAAAUGCUUUUAAUUGCCCUAUUUUUAUUUUUUGAGAGGGGUACUUAAUCUGUCCUAAUGGGAGAAAGAGGUUGACUACUCUUUUCGGUUCAAACUUGAGGUGGCUUUCAGUGAAAUUAUUCGAUAUUGGGCAGAAUAUAAUACGGCUAUCAUGGCGUGUACCAAACUGAAAAAGGUUUUCGUUGAGAAUGGCUGAGUAAAGGGUUUCACGUUUGACAAAUAGUAGAGAUCGGACAUUAGUCACAGAAUUAAGCUCUCUGACUCUUGAUCAAGGAUCUGCCACGGCUUUCAACAAUGUGAGCGUCUAAGUUUAUCUCAAAUGAAACAGUAAUAAUAACAAGAAUACAAUUAAUUAGGGCAACUUAUAAAAACUUACCUUUAGAUAAACGGUGUGUCCAACCAUGGUAAGAUAUAGUAUACAAAAUAACUGGAAAUCAGUGUUAAUAUUUUUACUUCAAAAAACGUCUAGAUAAUUUUUUUUAUUAAUUACAUUACAUAGCCGCAUUAAAACUGUGAGCAAGUGGUAGACCGUAGGAGGCCUGAAUAUUACCAAAUACAUAUAUAAGUAUAUAUGAAGAAAUUAAUAAAUGACAAUUAUUUG